AUGGCUUACGAUCCCAGGGAACACUUGCAAAGAUUACAACGGACCCUUCAACAACGCGGUGGCGGCGGUUUCGGAGGCGUUCCUGGAGGUGCCGGAGCUAGCAGAGGAAUUCUAGGUCUGAUUGCUCUUGGUGUCGGUGGUGUUAUUCUUUCAAACUCAAUCUUCAACGUUGACGGUGGUCACCGCGCGAUCAAGUACACCAGAAUAUCUGGGGUGAGCAAGGAAAUCUACAAUGAAGGAACUCAUCUGAGACUUCCGUGGUUCGAAACACCCAUCGACUAUGAUGUCCGCGCAAAACCGAGAAACGUUGCCUCCCUCACCGGAACAAAAGAUUUACAGAUGGUCAACAUUACCUGCCGUGUUCUGUCUCGGCCCCGAGUCGAAGCUCUCCCUCAGAUAUACCGUACCUUGGGCACAGACUAUGACGAGCGAGUCCUGCCAUCGAUUGUGAACGAAGUGCUCAAGAGCGUGGUCGCACAAUUCAAUGCCAGUCAGUUGAUUACACAGAGAGAAAAUGUGGCUCGGUUGGUCCGAGACAACCUCACAAGACGGGCUGCUCUCUUUAACAUCAUGCUCGACGAUGUUUCUCUCACCCAUCUCUCCUUCUCCCCCGAAUUCACCGCAGCAGUUGAAGCCAAGCAGGUCGCACAGCAGGAGGCUCAAAGAGCCGCUUUCGUGGUUGACAAGGCCAGGCAAGAGAAACAAGCAACAGUCGUCCGCGCCCAGGGUGAAGCCCGAUCCGCCGAGUUGAUUGGUGAGGCCAUCAAAAAGAGCAGAAGUUAUCUGGAACUGCGACAGAUUGAGAACGCACGCAACAUUGCCUCCAUUCUUCAAGAGAGUGGUGGAAAGAACAAAUUGUACCUUGACGCUCAAGGUCUUGGCCUCAAUGUCGGUGCAUCCGAGGACAACCAGUCGGGACGAAAAUAA